UUCUAUUGUAAUGGCUUCAUGGUCAGUAAUAACAUAAUUUAGUCAUUAGGUCACUGAAGGGCUGCUGCUAACAAAUGGAGAACAAGUACAGAGAUGAUUUCAGUCCUCUCCAGUAUCUAACAGAAUGGUAUAAGGAUCCUUCAUCUCCUGAUGAUCUCUUUUCUCAUUUUAUUCUUCAAAACAUUCACAAGUUCUUUAAAACUCUACAACAUAAAGAUGAGGUUCUAGAUGUUCUUGAUAUAGGCUGUGGUCCUGUUAUAUCAAAUGUGAUUAGCACCUCAAGGUAUGCCCGGUCUAUAGUGCUUGCUGAUUAUUCAAGUAAGAGUCUGUCAUUGUUGAACCAAUGGCUAACAAAAGAUCCUCAACUCAAGUUUGACUGGUCCACUCAUUUCAAAUACGUCGUGGAGACUUUGGAAGGAAAAGGUGAAAGAGAAGUAAGAGAGAGAGAAGAGCUCUUACGUUCAAAGAUCAAGGCUAUAAUACCUUGUGAUAUAUCACAAGAUCCUCCUCUACCAGCUAGCUACAGUAGUCCUUAUGAUACAGUAAUAUGCAGUCUUGUCAUAGAUGGGGCUGCAGAGACAGUGCCUCAAUAUAAAGAACAAUUGAAAAGGUUACAUUGUCUCAUUAAGCCAGGAGGUCACUUGCUACUGGUAGUUGGAACAACUCCUUCUUCCAUUGACUACUGCUAUGAGCGAUACUACAUGAGCAAGUCUCAAACUGGGACUGAGUAUUGCUUGCUUCUCCUUUCUCCGAAAUAUCUUUCAUUGUUAUUAAAAGAGGUUGGAUUCAGCAUCAUUGAUGUUCAAAAUCACCCAAACAACAGACCAAGCAGUAAUUAUACCUUUAUUUCAGCAAAAGUUUAAAGACGGUCUUUGUGUAAUGAUUUCUGUACAUCGAGUAGACUGUAGUCAUUUCAAAUGCACCAAACAGUUAUUUAUACAUUAUAUAUAAUAUUAUUUUAAACAGACCAAGUUCACAAAUAAUUAUAACUUUGAGCAACAUGGUCACAAACAAUCAGAGAGAGAGAGGGGGAGGAGGUGCUUCAAAAACGAAACAAAAUAAAACAGAAAGAGAGAGAGAGAAAAGAGAGAGGGGUUUUAGGUCAUAUAUAUAUGUAAUAAUUUUAAAGCAACAAUAAUUAUAAUUAAUAUAAUAUUAUGUUCCUUAUAGUGUGCAAAUGAAGUGUAAGUAGA